AUGGGUCGCGGGUGGUUUCAUCAAGAAGGCCAUGCGCUCGCAAUCCCCAAGCGUGGAGACGUACGACGGAGCCAUUGGCCAGAUUUUACGCCAGGAGACCUUGUCGACGAAAUAGAGCUCUUUACUCCUCCAAGGCGACCUCUGGAACGACCGACCUACCUCUCGUCCGACUCUUAUGCCCCGUACGCCACAUACGAGUACGAGUCCCACGUCCGCUUCCACCUUCACCCCUGUAUUCGACAAGUCCUCCUCAUACGACAGUGCCGCAGGCUCUAUAUCGAUAGCUGUAACGCUUUUGAGGGGCUGCAGAUGUGCAACCAUGAGGUCCAGAGAUUAGCCACCUGUUGGCUUGAUGGCAAAGUAUCUAAGGACUGGGCGAUAGAGCCGUUGUUCUUCUCCGUCACCCACCUUUCUUUUGGCACACCAUUCAUGGCCGACUACCAUUUCACUGACCCUCCAAAUCGGGACUGGCUGAUAGAAGUCGAACUUUUCGGCCCGUCGCUCAAGCACAUCUGCCUGACCCUUUGCGACGACUUUUACGAUGUAGACAGCUGGGACGGUCCUGAGCAUGCAAGAAAGCGCGUGGUAGAAACGCUCGAAGGAGACCUUUCGUUCGAAGUCUGGCCCACGAUAGAUCAGAAGACGUCCCUGACGUUACACGACGCGAGACCCGAGGCUUUCCCAGUUGGCCUAGCAGAUACGGUGAUAUACGAGAUGCCUAGAAGGACGGAUGCUGGUGUGGAUGAGUGGAAGGAGCAGAUCAUGAUGAUAAAAGGGGAUAUGGGAUGCUACAUGUCCGAGUUGGGAUACGAGCUACGACAAGGCGAAGCGGGAGCAGACAGCUGGAAGCCCCAGUUUCAGCCUUGGAAAAUACGUUUCACCAAUAUGGCGCCCCUUCCAGCCGACGUCGGGAUAUUUCCCAGCUCUUCUUGA